AUCAGCUAUACUGGGAUCAGCUGAUGCGCAUGAGCGCACGAGAGAGCGGCGCGCAUCAGUCCUGUUCAGGCAUCUAUCAUCUGUGGCGUUGAGUAGGUUAUUUAGCUAACUAAAAGUUGGGUAACUUGCUGGUGUCUACUUAACAACGUUAGAAUAACACAUAAACGAUGGCUUCUGAUUCUUGGGCGUUGGCAGUCGAUGUUCAAGAAGCUACGUCUAAAUCCUUCCGAUUUGCAGAUCGCAUGCAAACAAUGGACAGGAGUGAUUCUGCAUGUAUCCGUAGAAGAGAAAUCAAUGGUAGUCCUCAGAAAAUUGAAAAUGGUAUCAAGGAACGAAAAGAAGAGGAAACGGAGGAUGACAAGGCAGCUCAGUCUCUGUUGAACAAGCUUAUCCACAGCAGUCUUGUGAACACCACCAAUCAAGUGGAGGUUCUGCAGAGGGAUCCCAACUCACCUCUCUACUCUGUCAAGACCUUCGAAGAGCUGAGACUGAAACCACAACUACUCAGGGGAAUCUAUGCCAUGGGCUUUAACAGACCCUCCAGGGUUCAGGAGAAUGCGUUGCCUAUGAUGUUGGCUGAGCCACCUCAGAACCUGAUCGCACAGUCACAGUCUGGCACAGGUAAAACCGCUGCCUUUGCUCUGGCCAUGCUCAGCCGUGUCGACACAGCUCAGAAAGUGACUCAGUGCCUUUGCAUCUCCCCGACGUUUGAGCUUGCUGUGCAGACCGGUAAAGUGAUAGAGCAAAUGGGGAAAUACUAUCCUGAAGUGAAAUUGGCGUAUGCCAUUCGAGGCAACCGAGUGGAGCGGGGAACCAAGAUCCAGGACCAUAUAGUCAUCGGGACUCCUGGCACCGUCCUGGAUUGGUGCUCCAAGCUCAGGUUCAUCGACCCCAAGAAGAUCAAGAUCCUUGUCCUGGACGAGGCCGAUGUCAUGAUUGCCACUCAAGGCCACCAGGACCAGAGCAUCCGGAUCCAAAGAAUGCUGCCAACGGAUUGUCAGAUGCUGCUGUUCUCGGCCACGUUCGAGGAGUCUGUUUGGAAGUUCUCUGAGAGGGUUAUUCCUGACCCCAACAUUAUCAAGCUGAAGCGAGAGGAGGAGACCCUGGACACCAUCAAGCAGUACUACAUGGUCUGCAAGAGGAAUCAAGACAAGUUCACUGCCAUCUGCAACGUGUAUGGAGCCAUCACCGUUGCCCAGGCCAUGAUCUUCUGCCAUACUCGCAAGACAGCUGCCUGGCUGGCUUCACAGCUGUGUAGAGAGGGCCACCAAGUGGCCCUGCUGAGUGGGGAGAUGACUGUGGAACAGAGAGCAGAUGUCAUUCAGCGCUUCAGGGAUGGGAAAGAGAAAGUCUUGGUGACCACUAAUGUAUGCGCCAGAGGGAUUGAUGUUGAGCAAGUGUCCAUCGUGAUCAACUUUGACCUCCCUGUGGACAAAGACGGGAAAACCGACAACGAGACUUACCUUCAUCGGAUUGGUCGUACCGGGCGAUUUGGCAAGAAGGGUCUUGCAGUCAACAUGGUUGACAGUCAGUACAGCAUGGAUAUUCUCCGAGAGAUUGAGGAGCACUUCAAUAAGAAAAUACUUAAACUUAAUCCAGAUGACCCUGAUGACCUUAUAAAACUGGAGGAAAUACAUAACUGAAGAAGCUCCAAACAUCAUCUCUGCUGAAGUUACCUCAAAUUUGUCCAUUUGGACUUGAGUCACUUUAAGUAGUUGAUAACUUAAAUGUUAUAUCAGAUUACUAAAUAUGUUAGUCAACCAUGAGUCUGUUAAUCAGUUAAGCUUUCAGGGCAGUGGUUUCUACCAAAUAGAUAACACUCUUAGGAUUUCAGUUGGAAUGUUCUGUUUUCAAUUAAGUGGUUGUACUGAACUGGACCGUAAGCCUUUGGAACAUGCAAUUUCCUUAAAGUUGUUGGCAACAAAUGAAUCCAAGAGAGGACAGUUAAAUUAUUUGGGGAGUUUGCUUUGUGGAUUUGCCUUAACACCCCUUUCUAUAUAUGAUGGAUAUAGAGUUUGGAAGGCAUUGGUUUUCCCCAGUACGAGUGUUAUCUUCACUGGCAAUUGUUCAAUAUCUUGUCACAAGAAUGAAUCAGUCAAGUUAUUUGACUGGAUUCUCUGAAGUUAUUUGAUUGAGGCAUUUAAAGGUUGCUCACAAAGGUAUGUAAAUAGUCACCAUUCUUGGUGACUGUUUUUGUUUGAUAACAAUCAGACAGUUUCCAUUCCAUGAAUACUGUGAAGAUAGAGCUGUUUCUCCAUGUUUUGUAAUUUAUUUUACAGUUUAGGAGUUUCAAUUCACACAAAAGUUUUAUCAACUUUGAUUUAUAAAGUCAAAGUGGAAAUGUUAUUGAAAUUAUAAUUAUCUUUAUUUAACUAACAACAAGCAGAUAUUUGACACUUUUACCAAGUAAAAUGUUAAAAUUGACCUAAAUUGUUUUGGAAAUAACUAUUACAGAAUACUGAAAUUUACCAAAAUAUCCAGAAUUGUGUGAUCUUGUGUACUUCAGUGAAGAUAUAUUUAAGAUGGUGCUUGUCAUUAACUACCUAAAGAUGGCUAUGACAGGCUAUUGACAGUAGCCCUUGAUCUAAGUUGUUUUACUUUAGGCGUUUUGCAGUUGUAUGGUACGAGAAAGUACGU